AGGCAGCGGCUCCGGGCCUGUCGGCGAAGAUGAAGCCGAAGAAGAGUAAAACCGGGCCGGGCCGGGCCUCGGCCGUCCGUCGUCGGAAGGCUCUGAGUGACAUCUCCCCUUCUACCAGUUUACCCCCACUUGUGGAAGGACAACUGCGCUGCUUCCUCAAACUAACCGUCAGCAAAAUUGUAUGGAUGGUUGCCAAGCCGCCAGUAUCAUCCCUUGUCCGGGUGAGAUGGUGGGGAGAAACCACCAAUGGCACCGUCUUCGUUCCCCAGGAUGCUUCCCAGCCGGAGCAAAAAAUUCUGAACACCACCACCUGCUACCCGGUGCGAUGUGGGCCCAAACAGUUUGCCUCCUACCUGACAGAUAUGGGGGCUCUUAUCCUGGAAGUAAUGACCAAAUCUGAUCACCUUCCAAUUGGACGGGUUCAAAUCAAGGGGCUGGCCCAGCUCUCCCCCAGCCAUCCAAUCAGUGGAUUUUUCACCAUCGUUUCGCCGUCGUCCGAAAAGAUGGGAGAGCUGCAGAUUUCCCUGUUUCUGGAACCUCUGUCCGACGUGUACGAGAGCCAACACACCGCCCACAACACAAAUACGAACAAAGAUGCUGCAGAUUUGAGCCACUCCCUCGCUCCGUCCCAGCUUCACAGACCAACUGGCACCCACCUUCACGGAAGAGAGUCUCUGGGCAGCAGCAGAGCAAGUACUCCAAGGGGGAAAGAUCACUUAUAUUUCCAGGAGAACUCGGAGAAUAUCCAAAGAAGCAUUGGUGGAUCUCACCCACCCCUGGAUUACAUCUUGAACACCAAGGAUCCCAAGCCACACAAAAUGUUUUUGAACAGCUCUGAUCCAGAGGCGCAAAUUAAAUCGGGCAAGGAAACCACACGGCCUGUCCGUGUUCUUCCUUGCAACAGUCCAGCUACGAAGGAUCUCCUUACAGACCUUUUGGAUCGAGGAAACCGGUUGCGAAAUGCUAUGGCUGUGUCCGUCAUGAUAUCGAAUCCGGAUCCUGUCAUUGAACGAUAUGAGGCUCAACCUUCGGUAAAGCAGGACCUCUCCCGACAAGCUGGAAAAACUCUGAAGAAUCCUGCUCUUAUGUGCGAAGGCCCUCAUGAGCCAUGGCGGGAAUGUUCCGAAUUUGAUUUGGAUGCUGAAAAGAAAGCCGUCGAGCUUCUGCUGGGCAGUUCCGAUUUAUCUCCAGAUCAUCUCGUGGACGGGGCAGGCUCCCCUCCUGAAUCUCUUUCCCCUUCGAGUCACUUGUAUGACAGCGAAUUGAAUGACCCACAUUACGACCAGAGUCUCUUGGAAAAUUUGUUCUACACAGCUCAGAAAUCUGACGGCAGCUUCAGCGACCUUUAUAGUGACGAGGAGGACGAGGCUGGAAAACUAAGUCGGCCUCAGGGCCCAAAACUUCAGAGGUCACCAAAGGCUUCAGAGUCGAGUCCUCACAGGCGGAAAAAGAAGACCUUGGAGACAAGAGACAGCCGUUCCCCUGCUAAAUCCCUUCCUCGUGAGACAUUCCCGGAGUCCACCGAUGAAAUCCAAGCUGUCAAUUUGAGCCUUGACAGGCUGGCCACGCUGGGUCGGAUCCGCUUAGCCAGAGUUGUGAUUGAGAGCCUAAGAGGGGUCCCUCCUGAAGACAGCUCUCAGAGUACCCCCAGUCAAAAGAGCCCCGGUGGGAAACCCCCCAGGCCAGCUUUGGCUAAGAAGAGGACCUUCUUUGUCGAGUAUCACUUUCCAGUGGGAACUUCAAAGAACGGGGUCGGCCAGACAGCCGUGACUACGGAAAUUGUUCGCGUAGCUUCGAGUAGAUUCUCAGCAGACGGGGUGAAGUUUCAGCAACGUUACGUAUUCCCUGUCCAUUUCAGUGGCUCCAUGAUCACCCAUUGGUGGAAGUCGCACCUCGAUUUUCACUUGUUUUUGAAAAAGGGCACCCAAAGGAAGCCAGUGCUGAUCGGCGCAGCAGCCUUUCCCCUGCGCGACGUCCUUCAGUCCGAGGACUUAUUCGUCAGCCGUGACUUGCCGGUGAAAGAAGACGUCAUCCCAGGCCCAUUGGGGCCUUUACAGGUAUCCGUGGAACUAGCCACUAACAAAGACUUCUCCAACAUCAAAGCGAGCAGUGCGUCCCCAAGAGCCCCCGUCGGUUCCAUCAGAGGCCACGGCGCAAUUUUCCAGGAUGCUGAAAGAAUCGCCCCUUGUUCCACCAGCAGCCCUCAAAGCAACUGCAAAACCCCAGUGAGAAGCGAAGAUCCCUUGCCUCCGGCUUUUCAGAGGUCCCCCAAGGAUGUGGGUCAGCCGCCGGUCCCUCUGCCUGUCUCCCGCAACCUCCUGACCCAGAUGUGCGCCUCCUCGGAAGAGGAAGGGAUGCUGCUCCAUGUCCUUUUGAUGGUCUCGGAGGGGGAGAUCGCUCUCCCUCCCAACGGCGGGCUGGACAGCUCUUGCAACCUGUAUUUAAUCUGCAAGCUCUUCAGCACCGAGGAAGCCACGAGGUCUCCCGUCGCGUGGGGGACCUCACGACCCGCCUUCCAUUUUUCUCAGAUCACUCCGGUUGCGUUGACAUCGAAACAUCUGGAGCGUCUGAAGAACAACGUCAUGGUGAUUGAGGUGUGGAAUAAGGUGCUCAGCCCCGGAGGCGACCGGCUGCUGGGACUGGCCAAGCUUCCCCUCCAUCAGUUCUACGUUUCAUUCAAAGACCCCAAAGUUUCCAGCCUGCUGCUCCAGGCUCAGUAUCCGGUGUUGGCAGUGGACGGCCCCGUGCCAGUGGUUGACGUCUUCUCCGGCCAAAAGAACGGCACCCUGAAGACCAUCUUAGCCAUGGGUUCAGCUGACCAGGUGUUGGCGCUGCAGAGGGUCAAGAAGGAAGAAGGGCGGGCAUCCCCGACUGUGCUGCGCCCCCAACACGCUCUGGAUCCCCUCCCUGCACCCACCUCUGAGCUGUCAAGCAGGGAAAAGGAAGGCCUGGUGGAACACAUCUUUGAGAUCCACAUUGAGGGGGUCCAAGGCCUGAUGCCCCUCCAGUCCACCGUCUGGGGAGAAGCCGACUGUUACGUCCAGUACCACUUCCCGGUUCAGAAAUCGGAAUCCGAGACGCUCCGGGAUGCGGAGUUCAGCGAGAAAGACCUUGAGUUGAAGGCCUUCCGCACGUCCACCACUCUGUGCGUUCCCGAUCCCACCUUCCGCGGUGAGCACCAUCACUCUCUGCUGGUCCCAGCUGACGUCCCAGUUCAGCGGCUGCUACUCAACGCUUUCUCUGCCCGGAGCUUAGCGGGAGAAGGAGGAGGGAUUCAUUUCGAAAUCUGGUGCAGGUACUACUAUCCUAACGUCCGAGAUCAGAUGGUUGCCAGGGCGAGCUUGCCCCUCUCGCGCCUUUGUGCCAUGGUCACCAUGCAGCACCGUCAGGAAGUGGGGAUCCAGACUUUCCACCUGCCUGUCAUGCCAAGAAUCGGCAGCUCAGGCGAGCUCCAUCCUCGGUCUUCAGGUUUGUUCCAAGUGAGCGUAAAGUACCGACGCAGCUUGAAAAUAACCGAAAACGGGCUAGCGGCCCAGACUGUUCCCAUCUCCCUCCAAAUCCAUGCAGCGGCUGGCUUGCAAGCAGCAGCCAGGGCGCUGGCCGAAAAGCACCCUCCGUUCCGAUAUAGUGCGGAAAUUGGUCUCAACACCUACGUCUCGAUACUCCUCCCCUUCCUUCUUGGGGCCGAGCCGCGCAGGACACGAACCGUGGCUCGCUCCUUCUGCCCCGCCUUCGACCAUCACGUGGAGCUGCCCUGCCAUCUCGUGGUCCAGAGGAGCAGCGGAGAAGCCUGCUGCCUGGGGGAACUCUUGCAGCGGUCGGAGGUGGUCUUCCACCUCUAUCACCAGCCCCUCAACUCAGCUCCAAGGGAAGCGCUAAAAGAUUGCUUGCUGGGAACCGUGAGAGUUCCUACCAGAGACCUGCUGAUUCGAAGAUCAGGUCUGAGAGGUUGGUACCCCGUCAUCCUCCCAGAGGAUCUCUUGGCAUCUCAGCCUUCUAACGUCACGCAGAGCAUCGUCGGAGGUUUGGAGAUUUCGGUUGCUUUUGUUCACCCCGGAGACCGAGAGCGUGUUCUGGAGACUGCCAACGGUUUAGGGUGGAACUGGAAGGAAACCUACCCUGAGGAUCCGUGGGAGGAUAGCGAGAGUGAAGGCCAGGCCCCUUCGACACCGGUCCACGUGACUAUUUCUACUCCUCGGUUGUGGUUACCGCUACAGAGCAUGUUACUCGCAGGAGAAGCACACUUAAAUAAAAGCGUCUAUUGCUACCUUCGCUACAAACUCUACGAUCAAGAAGCCACUUGGUCUUCACUUAGGAGGCCAAAGUUAACAGAAGGCGAAAAACACGGGAUUGUGAUGUUUAAGAAACCCAACCGAACGGAGCUCCGGUCGAGUCUAGCAUUAUUCUGGUACUUCAGGGAAGAGAAACUGGAAGUCCAGGUGUGGCGAGCUUACGGCAAAGAUGGCGACGUGGAAAGGCCGCUGGAUACUGACCGCUUGAUCGGAUCAGCCUACGUGGACCUGGCACCGCUGGCGGACAGUUCACGGAAAAAGAAAACUGUCAGUGGUGUCUUUCCUUUGUUCCGACGAAACGCUGCCAACCUGGGGGGAGCCGCGCUGCGUGUUCACAUUACGGUGACACCUGCUGGUCCAUGUGGAGGACCUGGGAACCGUGAAGAUGACAGGGACAGCAGCAGCAACAGCGUUGAAGAAGAGAAGAAGGCAGCGGAGCAGGAACCGGAAGUCCGCCCGGAAGCAAAUCCUUCCGUCGACGAAGUCCCCCAGGACAAACCUCCUGCCAGUGACCCGGAGAACACGUUCGCUGUGAGCGUUCUCGUGGAAAGAGCCAUGCACCUAAGCUUAAAAGGGAGUCCUCUUGCAGAGCGGGGAGUAACGUCGCCCUGUAGCUACGUGUCUUUCGUGGCCACUGAUGUCGAUAACCCGAUCACCACCACAACAGUAGAAAACACAGAUUGCCCCGUUUGGGAUUUUCAGCACCAGACAAGACUCUCCAAGGAACUCCUGCUGGAUUCCCAGAAAACUCUGGUCUUCAAAAUAUGGCAUAAAGCAGACGUUGAACGAGUGAUAGGAUUUGCAUCGGUGGACCUCUCCCCCCUGCUCUCCGGCUUCCAGUACAUCUGCGGCUGGUAUGACAUCACCGACCUGACCGGGCAGUGCCGAGGGCAGGUCAAAGUCGCCGUCUCUCCACUCGAAAAUAUCGCUCACCUGAAAGAAGAAAGGCAGGCAAGAAGCUGCCAGGCCAGGGACUCGUAUCCUUCAUUCUCAUCCUUCUCCACCAGAGGCGCCCCCAAACUUUCAGGUUCUCCAUGGAAGAGCCCGGAAGCUUCCGGUCACGCGAGGGCUGGAUCCCGUUACAAAGAGCAUGUGCAGAAUGUCCGUCGGUUCCACACGUCGUUGCAGCAAGCGGAGGAGAAGACGGAGCAAACGGAAGGACUCGACUCCCUGUCCCUUUCCUCCCACACCUCCCUCUUCAGAGCACUCAGAAAAAACCUGAACGAGCUGGAUGAGAUCCAGAGGUAUUUCCGCGAAAAGCUCACCAGGCCUUUGACAGACCUGGGUGCUCCUUGCAGCACCAUGGAUGGUCUUGACAACCAGAGAGCUUCCUCCAGGAGGGUAGAUCCAGAAGAAGAUCAUCUGCAGGAGAAGCCCAUUCAUCUGCUUUCUCAAGUUAGCAGCCAGCAUGUCGGUCUGUGGCCUAAGAUGACUUUCCACCCUGAAGAGACCUCACAAGUUCAUCAAGACGGUCCUAGAUUCUCAAGCGCUGACCAGGCCCUCUUUGGGCAGGAAAAUGGCGCCGCCGGGGCCGAGAUCCUCAAAAUUUCCUCAAGCAAUGAAUUCUGGAAUGCCAGGGUAGGUGGUGAAGGACCUCUAUUUGGUCUUGGAAAAUGCCCUUCCGCAGAAGACACGCCGUAUGGAUUCUUUGACCCAACAAACUCCCCAAAAGCUCCUCCCUCGGGAUUCCUCCCCAGGGAGGAAGACUCUGCUCAGUCUCACAGCGAGGAAGAGUACGAGGAGGCCAUUGUAGAACCGAGAACGCUGAAUGAAAUCACCACCGUGACGGACAAAACCAGUCCCUGGUCCAGCUUCGUCUCCGAAACCGAGCAGGAACUAAUCCACGAGGCCCAAGGGACGAAGGACGGGGACUAUUUACCAAAAGAGAGCGCCAUCAGAAGCAGCUCCGUGAUCCAAGAUGAUCCUUUGAGUGUGUCCAGCAUCACCGGAUCCACCGGAAACAGCCCUUCCAGAGAAGAAGAAGAGGAGGAGGACAACGCUGAUGAACUCGAAGCUGGGGAAGAAGAACCCACAGCUGCAGAGCGGGUGGAACCUGAGGAAAUCCACAAGGUUGAUCAAGAAAGAUCAAUGGAAGUCCAGGGAGGAGGACCCGAAGAAGCGUCAUCCGCGCACAGAGGUGGCGGGGACUUUGCGAGACCACGGAGGGUUGCUCCAGAAGCGGUAGAAGGAAGAGAAAACCUGCACAGAGACCCCCAGCCGGAAGAAGGAAUGAAUGUGAAAGGAGAAGAGGGUCUCCAGCUUUGCCCCACAUUGCAGGAGGCCAUGCAACAGACCGAGGCCUACUCUGGAGAAGACGAGGAAGACCUCCCGGAAGAGUUCAACGCUCCCAUGAUUUCACUAUCCGAGCCGGUGACGGUGCCCAAUUUCUUCCUUCCCCCACAACAUCUGGAGGUCUCCAUGAGGCUUCUCAGCGCUUCCUCCUCUCCCCUGGCAGCUGCUCAUAAAGCUGGAGAAGGCCGAAGUGAGGUGCCGGGAAUUCCUCACCGAAGGCCCAAGCCAAGCCCGAUGCCUCUUCAGCUGCCCGAAGAGGAAAUGAAAAGAAUCGCUCGGAUUUUUUCCACGCAGUUCUCCGAAAAAGCAUAAAGCCAGCAGGACCGAGUCCACUUCAUGAAACUUCCAGCAAAGGCUGUGACCUCGGCCUUCUCAAUGCCACCGACCCCCAAAUGCAGAGCGGGAGGGGUCACAUCAGGGCAAGAUCCCUCUGCUGGACCCCGAGACUCACCUGUGCCCCCCCCGCCCUUCUUUCUGAAACAGCACCUAAUAAACCAGCAUUUUGUUCUCCUUCAAGAACGUAGAGACACACGUGAGCCAAGAUAAUGAACGUUGGCAUCCCCUGCAUCAGUCAUCCGGAAGGCAAUUUUGGGUUUGGAGUGGGCACCACCUGGACAAACUAUUGUUCUCCAGGCCGCAUCCUUUCCUCACCGCCUUCUUUUCAGCAUCCUGUGCCUCCUGGCCUCAGUGUUGGCAUGGGAACUGCAAAGAUGCCCCUCUGGGCAAAAUGACACCCAAGGUCCCUGGCAUGGCUGUGGGAAGGGCCCUUAGUAUCUACCCGUCUUCCUUCCACCCCCUCGUAGUAGAGAAAUCCAGAUUAUUCUUUCUUUUUUUCUUUCUUCCUUCCUUUCUCUCUCUCUCUUUCUUUUUCUCUUUCUCCUCUUUCUUUGUUUUUCUCUUUCUCCUUUUCUUUCUUUCUUUCUCUUUGUCUCUCUAUUUCUUCCUUUUUCUUUCGCUUUCUUUCUCUCUUCUUUCUUUUUUUCCUUCCUUCCUUCUCUCUUUCCCUCCCUCCCUCCCGUUUUUCCUCAAAUAUCAGUGCCACUUUGAAGAGAUUCUACCUGCCAUCCAAAACUGAUUAAUUGUCACCUUAGUGAUAGGAAGAUAGGGGGAAAAAGCGCAUUGCAGCAACAGAAUUAUCUUUUUUUUCCAAUCUCCACCUUUUGGCUUCAUGUCUUUUUUUUCUUUUUUCUUUUUUUGAGCAUUGGAGAGGAACAGAUUCGUUCCAAAGAGUUGGAUCUCCAAAAAGUUGCACUCUGGCUACCUCGGAUCCAUAAAGGCACUCUCCCUCCCUCCUUCCCUCCCUUCCUCUCUCUUUAAAAAUCCACCCUGGAUCUCUCAUUUACCUUUUCGUUUCUUUCCAUUUGUCUCCCAUGGUAAAAAAUAAUAAUCCUUUCUGGAUUCUUUGCCCGAAGGAAUUUGGAAGUGAACACCUGAGCCUGGAUUAAAAAGGGCAUCCUUUCCUGAACCACAUUUUUUAAUUGCUUUUUCUUUCAAGCACCAACCUCUCCAAUAGAUUUGCCCGUUUGAGGCUUACCUGGCUAUCCUGGAUGAAAUCUGAACUGGAAGGGAUUGUAGGAGAGCAGUUAUGGAUUUAGGAUGCCUGCUCCGUUCUCACAGGAUCGGGGGAAAUGCUCCAUCUGUGGAAGAUUUCCCAGCUUUCCACAGCAAAAAAAAAAAAAAAGUCAACUGUAGGAUGUGGAAAUUUGCAUCCAGCUGGACAGGUGUAUCUGUGACUCUAAUCCAGUGUUUCUCAACCUUGGUAGCUUGAAGAUGGGUGGACUUCAACUCCCAGAAUC